UCAGUUGUUUAUCGAAUCAACCUAGUACAACAUGAAGCUCUUCGUCGUCGCCGCUUUCUUGGCCAUCGCUGCCGCCGCUCCUUCCAGCUACAAGCCGGAAUACAAAGCUCCUAGCUACCCUGAACCAAGCUAUCCUACUUCUAGCUACUCUGCCCCUAGCUACUCCACACCAGCGUAUCCCACAGCAGCCUACCCCGCACCAAGCUACAACAAGGAUAACAAAUACGCUGACAUUACCAUCGUCAGCCAGUCUGAUGUCCGCAAUCUCGAUGGCAGCAGCCAGUGGAGCUUUGCCCAGUCAGACUACACCACCCGUGAGGAGUCUCAGGUCCAGAAGAAGAUGCAAGGAGUCACCUACGAUUCUUACGGCAAACAAUCGUACGGUGAAGUCCUAGGCAACACAAACAAGGGAUCCUCUUACUGGGUUUCCCCUGAAGGCCAGAAAUUCACUCUCACCUGGGCCGCUGAUGAAGCCGGUUUCCAACCCAAAGGUGACCACUUGCCCGUCGCCCCCGUCCAUGAAUACGAGCUCCCCGUCGCCCCUGUCCACAUCCCCUUCAACGGAAAGGGCUACAAGAUCUAUUAAAUUUCCUACACUUGAUUCAAUCUUUAAGAUAUGUCACAUAAUUUAUUUACCUCGAUAUGGCGUGAGUGGUUUAAAUAUAAAUGCAAGCAAUUUACCAAAA